AGCAUCACCGUCCAAGCUUCUUGGGCAGAGAAUUCUUAUAUUUUGGUGUAAACCAGUGUACAACAAGGCGUGCAAUCGAGAGCCAUGUCUACGGUGUCGAUCGACGCAAUCAGGAAGGCCCAGCGAGCAGAGGGCCCUGCAACGGUACUGGCCAUCGGCACAGCUACGCCAUCGAAUGAGGUGAUCCAAGCUGACUACCCGGACUACUAUUUCAGGGUCACAAAGAGCGAGCACAUGACCGAGCUCAAGGAGAAGUUCAAGCGAAUGUGUGAUAAAUCAAUGAUCCGAAAACGUUACAUGCACCUGACUGAGGAACUUCUCAAGGAGAAUCCCGACAUGUGUGCCUACAUGGCCCCCUCCCUCGAUGCCCGUCAGGACAUGGUCGUCGUCGAAGUUCCAAAGCUGGGAAAGGAGGCUGCGACAAAGGCCAUGAAGGAGUGGGGCCACCCCAAAUCUAAGAUCACCCACCUAAUCUUCUGCACCACGAGUGGCGUCGACAUGCCUGGUGCUGACUACCAGCUCACCAAGCUACUCGGUCUCCGUCCAUCUGUCAAACGCUACAUGAUGUAUCAACAAGGUUGCUUUGCUGGUGGUACGGUUCUCCGUCUUGCAAAGGACCUCGCUGAGAACAAUGCCGGUGCACGCGUUCUUGUUGUGUGCUCUGAGAUCACAGCCGUCACUUUCCGUGGCCCAUCUGACACACACCUUGAUAGCCUUGUAGGUCAGGCACUGUUUGGAGAUGGUGCAGCUGCAGUGAUCGUUGGAGCCGAUCCUAACUCCUCCGAGCGACCGCUCUUCCAACUUGUAUCGACCGCACAAACCAUACUACCUGAUUCAGAUGGUGCAAUUGAUGGGCACUUACGUGAGGUGGGCCUCACAUUCCACCUGCUCAAGGAUGUCCCCGGGCUCAUCUCAAAGAACAUCGAGAAGAGCCUAGUGGAGGCGUUUGAGCCACUCGGAAUCAACGACUGGAAUUCAAUCUUUUGGAUCGCGCACCCAGGUGGGCCAGCGAUCCUUGAUCAAGUCGAGGCGAAGCUGAAUCUGAAGGCAGAGAAGAUGCGGGCCACGAGGCACGUGUUAAGCGAGUAUGGGAAUAUGUCGAGCGCGUGUGUUCUGUUUAUUUUGGAUGAGAUGAGAAAGAAGUCUGCAGAGGAAGGGAAGGGGACGACUGGAGAAGGACUGGAUUGGGGUGUGCUGUUCGGGUUCGGGCCUGGUCUGACCGUUGAGACUGUGGUCUUGCAUAGCCUUCCUAUAACUGGGCCCACUAAGGUGGGAUUUCUGGCCUAAGUUGAAGGGGUCUGAUUUUGUUGGGUGAAGCAUUGAAAAUUAAAGAUAUUUUCUUACAAAUAGGUUGAAAUGGGAAAUGUGAU